AUGCGUAUCCAGGAAAGAUGUUUCCUGCUGGGUCUCUGCCUCUUAGGCGGGGUCGCCUUUUCCUCGAUAGUCGUCAAUGCUGAAACGCGAAUUACUACGACACCCGACACCAAUAGUGACGACAUACUAGAAGUGCAACCCCUUCAUACAGAAUGGCGGAAUGAUACAACGGAAUCGAGAAAUGUACAUCCGAAAGAAACUGAUGUUAAAGCUACAACUGAAACUAAGAAAAAACUCGUAAUAGACUAUAAAGUCAAAAGCGAUCAAAAGUACCAAAAACUUAUCGUCAAGGAUGAUGAUUCUAGGAGGAUUGUAGAUUCCGACGCUCCGACGAUAUCAUCGCUUUCACCAACAACAACUUCAGUAAAAAUCGACCAAUCUUCAGAGACAACAAAAUUUAUGGAUGUUACGAAUGUAACGAUUCUUCCGUUUCUUCUUCGUGAUGAACCGAUAAUUGUCACAACAACACCAUUGAGCAAUUUAACUGUCCAAAAUAUGACACACAGCGCAGUAGGGGUUCAAAUGACGGAAGAAACAACGUUGUCAAGAGGCAGAGCCUUAAACGUCACUGCCUCGGAGCCAACGAACUCAUUGCAUGCCAAUAUAACGGAUCUUAGUGACAUCAGCAUGGACGAAGACGAUAAAGAAGUCGAAGGUGGAGAGUACAUCGCACCACAUAACGCAACUGCCGUAAACAUUUCUUCAACGUUACUUCCUAAAGCAUCAGUGUGCAUCCAUGAAGAUCAUACUUAUUCAGUUGGCGAAAAAGUUGUCCGAAACUGCGAGGAAAAAUGCGUGUGCUCCGAAAGUGGAAUUAUAGAUUGUCAGCCAUUAUGUGUUUCUCCUUACAUCAGAGCGGGCAGAGAGCUCAAGGACUCUGUGUGUCAAGAAAAAUUGGUUCCUGAAGAACCAUGUUGCGCUCUUAUUUUCUGUCCGACGGAUUCAGAUACAGCUACUGAACCGGAAGAAACGUGUGUAUUCGGCAACGCAACAGUGACCAGGGGACAACGCGUUGAAGACGGCUGCUCUAGGAUAUGCAUUUGUGAGGCUGGCGGUCACUUGAAAUGUCAGCCCAGAUGUCCACCGAAUGAAACCAUAGCCAAUCUGCAUGAUCGCUGCGUCGUUUUAGCCGAUCCCGGAGACAAAAAAUGUUGCACGGUUACAUUAUGCGAUGUUACUUUGGGCGAUCAUGAGAUUAGAUUGGAGAAUUCCACCGAUUUGAGUGUACAUUUGAUGGACGUGAAGGUAUUAAACUCAACAGCGAUCAAAUUAAAAUUGACCACGAAGGAUCCUCAACAUGUUACCAUAGAGAUCUCGCAGAACAAUCAUGUAUGGAGACAACAGAAUCCCGAUAAAGAUGGCAUAGUUUCCAGUUUAGAACCCGCGCAUACGUAUUAUGUUCGGGUAACGGAAGGAAGUCAUACUGGACCAGCCGUACAGGUGUCUUUGCCAGCCGAAGUAGUAAAGACAAACAUUUCGGAGAAAAUAUCCGACAAGGACAUCUGCAAUUAUAGAGGAAAAUCAUAUAAAGUUGGUGCAGAAUGGUAUGAUGAAUGUAUUUCCUUCUGUACUUGCGUAGAGAAUGGCAAAUCUGAGUGCGCCACGAUAGAAUGUCCCACGGACUCGGGUCUAGAUUUGUUAGAUCCUCACUGUUUGGAUUGGGAGACGGUCCCAGUGGAUUUCGUCCCAAAAGCACCACAAUGCUGUCCCCAGGAGGUGCGCUGUAGAAACAAUGGCUCCUGUAAUUACGAAGGAGUUGUGUAUGAUAACUGGAGCGAGUUACCCUCGAAUGUCACUGGAUGCGAGAAACGUUGUUAUUGUGAAAUGGGCAAUAUAUCUUGUCAAGCUGCUUGUAAAUUUGUACCAGCUCUGCCGCCUGCCAAUUUACCAUGUCCUUCGUAUCAAGCAACGUUGACACAUGUACCUACUAACCCAUGCUGUACACAAUGGACCUGUGCCCAUCCUUCGGCACAACUGCCAGGAGUGAACGCGACGAUCGCGUAUCCCGGCCCCUUAACUACAAACAUGUUUGAUCAGCAAACGAUUGACAAUAUCAAAAGACUGAAUAACAAGUCGGAAAUGCUCAAGCCCAGCCAGGAAUCGGAGCAUGGUACUUCUCCCUUCUCGGAAGACCCAAAAACCGAUAAAACCCAAACAGACACUAUUUCUCACCCACCUCCUCACUAUCCUAUGGAUCCAGGACAUCCCAUGGUACCGUAUAACGGACCUUAUAGCCCCGACUUCCUAUCCACGUAUGCCAAUGCGGAAGAUGUCUUUCAUUUACCUAUCCAUUCCGAAAAACCUAUAUCGAGCUCGAAAGAAAAAUCAAAGUCAAAAUUUGAUUCGAAAAAACCCGUAGAAGUACCGAAGCCUCACAAGGAAACAAUUGAACACUAUUUCCCUGGUCCGUUAGCACCCGAUAGGUUUCCCGAUAAGACCGUUUCGAUACCUCCAAAUUCCGUCAACGAAAAUCAACGUGUAUCAAGUUCAUUGAAUUCAAACAAGUUGACUCCUUCGCAAAAAGAUCGUCCGAUUAAUCAGACUCAGUUCGUACCGUUACGCUCUCAUCCGGAUACGUCAGCUCCAGGAUCCUCUUUUACUCCUAAUAACAGAAAAAAUAUAUCUUCGAUCAAUAUCAACAGCCAAUACGAUAAUUCAGCGGUUGGGCUUCCUUAUCAGGGUUCGAUCCCCCUCAAACCCGAUUCAAUAGACCCAAAUGUAAUUGUUUCUACGGUUUCAAAAAAGAAAACCACACCGAGUAAUCCCUUUAUUGAUGCGGAAAAAUCAAAAAUGUCCUUGAUAUUACCAGAUCGGCCGAAACAAAGUCCAAAAAAUCCCGGUCAUGAAACUUUGCCAGAACAAUUGAAUCAUCUGAUAAACUCGCAGCACCCUGGCCUAAUUCAGCUGAAUCAUACUCCUCCCCAAGGUUAUCCGGGUCUGUACGAUCUUCACCAACAAAUCUCUAGUCAAAAACAAUCACCCAAUAAUCGAGUGCAACCCAUUUAUUUCGGCACGACUGCAUCGAAGAAAACAACAAAACCUAAUAUCUUUACGCAAAAAGAUGAGAACGGGCAGACCGUUUAUCACAUUCACACAUUCGAUAUUCCGAAUACUCCGCAGCAAAUUGAAGAAUUAUUAGCGCACAUUAAUCAACAUGAUUCCCAUCCUAAGCCUUUCCAAAACUAUCCCGGACAACCAGCUAUAUCCCAUAAUGUACCGAACGGACCGCUGCCAACUCUACUACCUCAUAUAGACGCUCACAUACCACAUUCAGGACUUACGCACUUGAACCACCCGCUCGCAGCACAAACGCCCAGUCAGUCAGGUUUGGACCAUAACAUUGUACCUCCAGGCUUUCCUUUAUCUGGAGGUAUAACUGGAUUUCCAUCUGCAUCUUCCUCUAAUGAAGUUACGAUACAAAUACUGGAAGCAUUGGAUGAACAUACAGUUCGAUUAGUGUUUACCGUACCUCAGCUUCUAGUGGGACUGCAUGGAAGAGUCGAGUUACGAUACACUAGUGAUAAAACGAAUUUUGAUCCAUCAACGUGGAAAGCACAGGUGUUUGCACCUCCUAAUGACUUGAUUGCAACACCUCAACUUGAAUUUGAAUUGGGUGAUUUAAAACCGAUGACUGAAUAUAACGUAAAGAUUAUAGUGAAACUAAAAGACUUAGCUAAUAGUCCAGCUAGCAAAAUUUACAGUGUGCGUACAUUAGAGAAACAUGCGGAGAUAACGACUCUACCUCCACAAAUACCAAUUAAUGCUGAACUUAGAAUAGCGGAGACAAAUUCAACCUGGGUUAACGUUAUGUGGAAAAAAUUCACGGAAUACGAAUUGCAAUUCAUAGAUGGUGUUCAGCUAAGAUAUAAAGAAUACGAUAGUAAAGUUUACGCAGCAACACCAUUGAUCCACCGUGCUGUAACGAAUUACGUAAUUGAAAACUUGAAACCAUCAACCACGUACGAAGUAGGUAUUUACUUCAUCCCAUUUCCGGGGCAAUUAACGGAAUUAAUAAGCGAAAAAACGAUUCAAGUAGCUACGUUUAUGGAGCCAGAUCCCUACUCUUUCGAUGUAAAAGUUGAGAUUAAAACUAUCAAAUCAACGGAUGUAGAAGUAUCUUGGAGUGGCGUGCCUUAUCCAGAAGACAAAUACGUCAACAUCUAUCGUGCGAUUUACCAGAGUGACACUGGCAAAGAGGACACUAGCACUUUUAAAAUUGCCAAGCGAGACUCUCAUGCUAAAACCGUAAUCAAUGACCUGAAACCUGGCACUAGGUACCGUUUAUGGCUUGAAAUAUAUUUGACAAAUGGCAGAAUAAAAAAGAGUAACGUACAGGAUUUCAUCACUAAGCCAGGUGUUCUUUUACCAGCUGUUGUGUCUCAACAAGCGGGAAAAUUUGCAUCCGUUCCUCUUCACGAAGGAGAUUACUAUGGUCCACUAGUAAUAGUGGCCAUCGUGGCCUCGUUAGCGAUACUAUCGACCUUGAUUCUUUUAAUGAUGUUGAUGAAAAGACGGACGAGUAGUAAGGCUGACAUAUCACCUCGUAAAACUACGUCAGCAUACGACAAUCCUUCCUACAAGACCUGUGAGGAUGCAGUUACGAUACCCAACGGAAGAAAUAAAACAACAGCGGACCAUGAAAUGAGUACCAUCGAUUCAAAUGUCAAAGAAACUGCCUGAAGUUUUAUAUAAUUUAUUAAAUCUGUAUUUAUUUAUACUACAGUCUUAAGAGAAUACAUCUAUUAAAUCCGUCCAUAUUAUAUGUAUGACUAUCUCGAGAUUUAAAUGAAUAGGAUAGUCUAAAAUGAAUUUUGUUUACAUUUGUACAGUUUACAUUUGUAUUAUUAAACAUUUAUAAAAUAAAUAACAUAUUUUUAAAAAUUAAAAAAUGAAACGUAGAAAAUGCGAGUCAAAACGUGGUAAUUGGUGCGUUAAUAAUAUAUACAAUAUAUUUAAGAUUUAGUACAUCGAUAUGUAUACAUUAACUCGGACGCGUUUCGACUUCCCUUGAAGUCAUUUUCAACGAUGCAAUUCCAUUAAAAUAUUUCAUAAAAACCAUUGUGUGACGUGGUGGUCGCGUUGAACAAAAGAAACAAACAUUUUAAGCCUGGCAUACGUUGUCUCCGAUUCGAGGGUGAGAAAUUGACACGCCGUGUAGUCGCUUUUUCGUGUACAAGAAUUCAGAGCAAAUUUACACAUUAUGGUCCAUCAAUAUUGACCACCAAGAUGAACAUAUGUUGAGCGAUCAUGCCGUAAUCUGUGGUGGACAGUGAACAUGAAUUCUCGGAAGUUAUAAAAUAAA